AUGACGCUCGUCAGUGACCAAGUCCGUCGUCUCGACGCAUACCUGGACCGGCUGCCCGUUCUGGCCGACCUGACACCAGGUGACGCAAUCUCAGAAUCUGAACAUCAAAAAACCAUCGCUGCUCAAGCUCUGAGCUCACCAAGGAUUGAUCAGCUCCUGCGCCUUGUCCAGUCUUUGAGCAGCACUUCCUCAUCUCAGCCCCUUAUCCCCCUUGACUCCAUUCGCUCCGUCUUGAUUCAAUCUGACAUUCUGACGUGUCACGCCGACGGAACUACCAGUCUUCCAGCCGUCGAAGCUAAAAGCUACUAUGAAAACGAAGUAGAAUGGCUACUUGUGACAAAAGCCACCGUCCAAGUCUAUGGCUCCAUUCUCAAUACCCUUCUAGAUCGCAUCAUUCCUCUGAGUGAUGAUAUUUGGUAUUGGUCCGAGGUUCUCAAUUCUCACACGUACAGCAGCCUCUACACAGUUCAGACUUCACCUUUACGGCUAUGGGCAUGGACACAGGAAGUCUACUCUGCUAGCAAGACACGUCUUAACUCGUUUGAUGUGAGAGACGCCUCAUCAGAUCUCGUGCAAGCCGGAUCUGGAGUGACGCAGCAAUGGCGCAAGUUCUACGGCAUCGUACGCGAGAGUAUCGUUGAACGCUCACUGGCCAAUGUGCAGCGCAAGGUUCUCUCGCCAGUCGCAUACUGUCGGACUGAGGCUCGAAAGAAGCAGGUAGAGCUCGAGAAGCUAAGAGAAAUCACAGCGAGUGGGCUCGGUGUUUUGAUGGACGAAGGCCUGCAGUUUGGUUCGAAUGAUGGCAAGGUUCAACUACAGGGUGCUCAUCUCAAGGGCGUCGUCGAGCGCAGUGUUGCGCUCAUCGACAUGGUACUGAAAGAAGUAUCAACUCUGGACACGGGGGUUCACGAAUUCGAGGACAAGGUUUUCGCUGGUGUGGAAGAAGACGCCGAGCUGUCUGUGCACCUCGAAGACACAGCCACACCAGGAAGGUCGUCAGUCUUGGCACGACGUCUAUUGAAUAUUCUUGACGAGGUUCUUCCCCAGCACGUGUCUACUAUGAAUCAACUAGCAAUCGUCAACGGACGGCCGCACGCUGUUGUGCGGUACUGGAUUCCCGCCGUUAUUGGCGUGGUCUCUUCAAGCACGAUUCUUCGCAUUCUCGUGAACCGUCAGGCUGAGAUUGUGGAAUGGAUUACCGACUUUGGCGCAACGGUGCGAGACUUUUGGCUCAACUGGGUCGUCGAGCCCACGCAAAAGGUUGUCAAGACGAUUCGACAUGACGAGACCAGUGAGAUUGCCAUUAUGAGUCGAGACAGUCUCAAAGCCGAUCGGGAAAGCCUGGAACGCAUGGUGGUCGAAUUUGCUCAAGAUAACCCAAAAUUUGCCGUUGCAGACUCCGCAAUGACCGACGCCCAUAUCAGCGAGAUUCGUCGCAAGGUCGCCGAGGGUGAUGUUACCCCUGUGCUACGUGCUUAUGAAACAUAUCUCAAAAAGCCAUUGUCCGGCGCCAUUACUGGAGACCUUGUGCGCUCACUACUGAUCCAGAGCCAGGAGCUUGUUUUUGGCUUCGUUGGGCUAACGCCAGGCGUUUUGGUUUCGAUUGGCGUCUUCCGCUACCUUCGAGCGAUGCUUGGUGGUCGCUCCGGACGACAACACAGCGGCACAGCCGGCCGGGCCAUUCGCAUCCUGCGCAAUAUUGACCGCAUCCUGUCUGACGCAAGCCCCACAGACAGCAACAUGCUCUCGUACAAAGACCACGGGCUUUUGUUGUGCGAGCUUCAUGUACUACGCAGCCUGACGACAAAGCUUCUCCCGAGAAGCAUGCAGCAGGACUUUCUAGAAGAUUUAGAUGACCUGGCCAACAUCAAAGGCAUCGGGUUCCAAGCCAAGGCUUUGGCCAGGAUUCGCUGGGCGUAUGCGCGAUGGCUAAGAUAG